CCUGUGAAAAAAACAGAAAGACAAAAGAAUGAGUAUGACACAACGAAAUUUAAAUAUACCAGAAAUGUCAUUUGUGUACCACUGCUUUUUAAAUAUUUGACAUCUGCUGUUUUAAAUGCGUUGUUAAGCCCUUUGUCAGCACUUAACUCAAAACGGGUAGCUAGACAGUGAGAGAACUCAAGUGCGCAUGUGCGCGCAUGGUUCAUCCCUGUCUGUAUUACAGAAAAGCGCCAGUCUUAACUUUAGGAGUUCGUAUACGGACGGGCUUGUGUGUCCACGGGAAAGAUAUUUCACCCGAGUAACAUCAUCUCUCCAACAAGGUUAUGGCUUCAGUUGAUAUUCAAGAUAGGUAUUCUGAGAAGCCUCAGGGAUUAACCUCCAAUCUGGUAAAAUUUAACAGUCAGGAUUUUCAUGAACUGCGUGAAUUUUGUUUACAUAACAACUUUCGAUUUGAAGAUGGUUUUUUCCCACCAUCUGAGGAAUCUAUAGGUGAAGGAUUGUUAAAGUCAUGUGAUCUCAAAAGAGUUGAAUGGAUUAGGCCACGGAAACUACACCCUGAUCCACAUAUUAUUGUUGAUGGGGCUAGCAGAUUUGACAUUUUUCAAGGACUAGUGGGUAACUGCUGGCUCCUGGCAGCACUGGGCUCAUUGACACGUCAGAAGGACAUAUUCAGUCAGGUGCUACCCACUGAUCAAGGUUACAAUUAUAAGUAUGCAGGGAUCUUUCAUUUCAGGUUUUGGCAGUUUGGGAAGUGGGUAGAUGUGGUCAUAGAUGAUAAACUCCCUAUACUUGAUAACAAAUACUUGUCUGUGGCGCCUGCAAAUGGAAAUGAAUUUUGGCCAGCUUUACUAGAAAAAGCAUAUGCAAAACUAUGUGGAUCCUAUGCUGACAUGAAUUCUGGUUGUGUUUCUGAAGCACUGAUGGACUUUACUGGUGGCAUACACUUUAAUUUUACUCUGUGUGAUCCUCCACCUGAUAUGUGGAAUAUAUUUAGACGAGCUUACAAAAAAAAUGCAUUAAUGGCAUGUGGAACUCCUCCUGGGGAGAACAAGGUACUUCCCAAUGGUUUGGUACUUGGACAUGCCUAUGCAGUAACUGGUUGUGUUGAGGUUCUCUAUGGUGACAGAGUUGUAAGGUUAAUCAGGCUGUGGAACCCCUGGGGAAAAAAUGAAUGGAAUGGCCCUUGGAGUGAUGAAUCUGAGGAAUGGAAUUUUAUUAAUCAAGAGCAAAGAAGUAUUUUACGCAAGAACUUUGAGGAUGGAGAAUUUUGGAUGAGUUUUGAAGACUUCAAGGGACAGUUUACACAUAUAGAUAUUUGCAACUUAUACCCUGAUUUUCUGGAUUCUGGCAGCAAUAGCAGAUGGGCAUUAACACUUUCAGAAGGCGAAUGGAUUAGAGGAGAAUCAGCUGGUGGCUCCAUUGAAGAAGACACAUUUUGGAGGAAUCCUCACAGACUCAUUAAUCUGACAUCAGAAAACCUUGAUACACAUUCUUCAACAUCUUGUAACUUUGUAGUAUAUCUUAUGCAAAAACCAACCAGUAAGCACAGACGCCAAAACUCUCACGUGCCCAUAGGUGUAUCUGUUUACAAGGUACCAUCAAAUACUGAUAUCCACAAAGAUGAUUUCACUCGUGAAUUCUUCCAUGCUAAUUCACCUGUUGGUAUGGUAAAAUGUGACAAAGAUAACCGGGGAGUAUCUGAAAGGUUUAUGCUGGGUCCUGGAAUGUAUUUAGUUGUACCCUUCACUUCACAGAAAAAUGUCUCAGCAGGCUUCAUUUUGUCUCUUUUCUUCAAGACUAAAGAUAACAUAAUGUAAUGUGUAGUUUACUGAACUGUAUUUCAAGCAAGAUAGAGCAUACUUUUCAUUUCAUUUUAUAAAAUUUGUAAGGUUAUUGGAGUAAUAUGACAAAUGCACAGAGUAAAAAUGUUUAUAGUGACAAAUGCAAGCAGCUACUAAACUUCCCUGGAAGUUACUUUUAUGUAGUGGAAUAAUGUUACUUUUUUAUAAAAAUUAUAUAAAUGAAAUAAAGGUGUUACAAACCAAACUUAACUUGAGGAGUCUUCGGCCUGUUUACGUGCAUAGUUAUGCAUCAAGCUAAACACUCAUUUAACAAGGCGCUGGUGAU